CACUUUUUUUUGACUCAUCCUGUUCAUUUUCAGAAAUAUGGGUGGUGGAGAACUGCCCCACAUUCCGGACUGGAGAACCUACACGGUCGGAGAGCAUACCCCGGAGCUUUUGAAAACUCAAAGGAUGCUCAAAAGUCUCGGGUUGAAGGACCCUUGGCUCCGAAAUGAGGUCUGGAGAUAUGACCAGAGAAACCCUGCACUUGGAGGAACGAUGAAGCAAAGGAUUAUUGGUUCUUUGGGAUUCCGCGGACUCAAGUACGGACUUGUUAUAGCUGUAGUAACGGCAGGGGUUCACCGUUUUCUGAAUUCUCAUGAUGACCACGGACACGGUCAUGAAUCUAAGGAGACACACUAAUAGGAUUUUAUCAUCGCGGACAUAGUUAUUUAUAGUUCUGUUGUAAAUAAAUAGAUUUUGAAAUUUCUUUAAAGAGUUCAAAAUUUCAGA